CCGGGGUGUUUUCACUUGCAGGGAAAUGUCUUUGUGUUGUACUCAAACCGAUCGUAUUUGGGCGGUGAGGACCGUGUUGCGCGGGGUGGCAGGGGAGUCUCGGUCUCACGGAGGUGCCAAGGAGUGCCACGGAGGAGCGUGCGAGGAAGACAGCAGCUGAUAAAGCCUAAACAGUGUGAGCCAACCGCGAGCCAGCUAGUCUUGGCUGGUGUAGCGGCGGCGCGGUCCCAGUUUUCUCCACAGUGAGCCCAGUCAGCUGCCUCGGCACGGCUGGUGGUUGGUAGUGUUCAUCGGGCGGCUGUGUUGUGCUGACGUGCGAUCAGUCGCUCUGCGCGGUGGGCCGUGUGCCGCGCAAGCCCUCGUGUGUGUUGGCGGUGGGAUGCCAGUGUUAGUGUCUUAUGGUGUGAGUCUACACCCUCCCUGCAAGCCACUGUCCACCCAGCAGCCCUACAGCAGGCGGUGAUAGUCCUUGAUCCACCUGGCUGGCUCUCCACCAUGUAUGCAGCCGCCACGCGAGAGAUUCUGGGCUAGCAUCACGGAGUCUGUACUACUGUAGUGAGGGCCGAGUGUGUGGCGGUGUCAUGUGUUCGUGAGGGUGUGUGAGGGCAAUGAAGUAUAGUAAGGAGAAUUCCCCUAGCGGGAUGUUGGUGCCACUGGAAUGCAACAACCCAAACAUACUGAUGAAGGGCGACAAGAACGUGGCCGCGGCCCGCGCCCUCCAGAAGGAGCGCCGCAAGAACAAACGGCGCGAGAAGGAGAACCUGUGGAAGAGGAAUAACCUCAGGAAUGCCAUGCAGGAGCCCAUCGUCAUGCACUACCCAGCAAGGUCGGCUCUACAGACACUUCACAAGUCCAGCGCACGAGCCCAGGAUGCCCACUACUUCCAGGGUGGCAUCAAUCAUGACUGGGUGUGCUAUUACGAGCGAGGUGUCACCUCCGACCAAUCCUGCAUCAAUGAAUGGAAUGUUAUGGACAGCCUUGAAUCCAAGAGGCCACCUUCACCAGACUAUCUCACUGACAAAGAGGAAACACAACUCCUUAUACGCAGUAAACUCAAAGAGAUCAUGAUGAGUGUUGACAUCGACGAGGUCACUUCCAAGUACAUCAGACAACGUCUAGAGGAAGACCUGGCCAUGAACCUCUUCAAAUUUAAAUCAUACAUAGAUCAAGAGAUGCUGGUGAUUCUGGGCCAGAUGGAUGCUGCAACAGAAAUCUUUCCCCAUGUUUACCUUGGUUCAGAGUGGAAUGCAUCCAACUUGGAAGAGUUGCAGUCAAAUGGAGUGGGCUACAUCCUCAAUGUUACAAAGGAGAUUGACAACUUCUACCCCGGUACAUUUGACUACCUCAAUAUCCGGGUGUAUGAUGAUGAGAAGACAGAGCUGCUCAGGCAUUGGGACAGGACCUUCAGAUACAUCACACAAGUCAAGGAGAAGGACUCAAAAGUCUUAGUGCACUGCAAGAUGGGAAUUAGCCGCUCAGCAUCAGUGGUCAUUGCUUAUGCCAUGAAGGCCUUCAACAUGAGUCUGGAUGAUGCCCUCGCGCUGGUGAAGAAAAAGAGGACUUGCAUCAAACCUAACCAAGCAUUUUGUAGCCAACUCAAAACUUACGAGGGUAUUCUUGAUGCAAGCAGACAAAGGCACAAUGCUUUGUGGAGAAGCAAGUCUGAGACAAAUCUCAAGUCUGCAUCAGGCCAGGCCAACCGACACAACAAGCGUGAGCAAAAUGCAAAAUCUAGUGACUGUAUGGACCAGAGAAGUAACAACAAAAACUUGCGUAAGAGCAGUGAGGAAUUGUCCACAUUCGAUCCAUCAUACAACAGCCUGCAUGUUCACAUCCCUACUCCCUCUAACUUCCAAAAUGGUGGUGAAAGCAAACGGCCAAAGUCCUGGUCUCCUGAUGACCACACCGCUGCUCUACUUUUCCCUCAAAACACUGAGAAUGGUGGGAAUGACUUUGGAGAAUCAUGGCGCCUCUCUCAGUCCCUGAAUGUUCAGUCAUGGCGGGCCCAUGUAACACUGCACCAGCGGGACCGUCGGGAAGCAGCGAUGGAAGGCUCUGGAGACGAGGACAGAGACGAGUCACCUCCAUCCGUUGUGGAAGCACUGAAUCCCUUAUACUCAGAAAUCCCACCAGAUGGCAUUACAAAUGAAGCAUCAUCACUGCAGAUUGCUACAACAGUCAAAGAUAUAAUUAACGAAUUUGAAAAUGUACAAACCAGUAACCAUACAGUGUCAAAGAAAAGUGAUAGUGGAAAAAAGGCAGAGGCUGUAUUGAUACAGAACACAUUAUCUUCCAGUGAUGAUUUUGAAAGCCACUCAAGUACUGCAGAACUUGAUAGGGUCAUUGAGACAUUGCUUACCCCAGGUGACGAUGUGCAAGGCAGUGAACCUGUAGUUUCACAGACUAAACCAGCUGCUCAGAAACUUCAGGCUGUACUAGUACCGUCACAAAUAUGGCAGGAUGAUAAAAGUGAAUUAGAUGCAGCAGAAAGUCCUGGAAGUGUGCUUAAAGAUCCUAUCACGUGGCCAGCAGGCAUUGUGAAGAAGCAGAAACAGGACUUUGAAGAGAAGGUCAAGAUGAGUGAUUCUAAGUCACCCUCUAGUAAUAAAGAUUGUGAGCCUUCUCUCUCAAGGCAGAACUCUUCCAGCUCCCUCACAGGUCAUAUACAAAAGGUAGAGGUAGUAAGGUCUCCAAGUUAUGGGCGUCAAGACUCUAUAGGUUCAGAUACUGUUAAGAAAGAUGAUCCUUUUUCAGCCAAAUUAGACAAAGUAUUUGACAGGGAAGAAAGGAAACAUCAAAGACAAAGUGCCAUUAUUCCUAUUAGUGGAGAUUUAAAAGAGACACCCUCACGUAAUAGUUCUUGGGGGUCAUUUGAUAGUGCUGUAGUACUACCAGAUAGGGACCUACCCUCAAGACAAAGUUCCUGGGGUUCUUGUGAUACCAGAAUUACAGGAUCAUCUAGAAAUAGUUCUUUUGGAACAUUUGACAAAAAGCCACCACCUCUUAGAGAAAAUUUAGAAAUAUCCAUUCCAGACAGUAAUAUCACUGGUACUUACUUUGAAAAAGACCCUGGUCCAUUCUCACCUGGAACUAUCAGAAGGAACAAAAACAGACACCCGGAUUUGAAAGAUGGGUUGUUAGAUGAAAAUACAAAAUCACACCCUUGUGAAACUGAAGAUUCAGAAGGAAUAAAGAUGGAAGAUGGUACUCAGUUCAAGUCAGUGGCAAAUAUUAAGGCCUACGGACCUGCACCUUAUAAGAGCCCAACAGAGAGGGAAGGUAGUACUACUCCAAUGGAGUUGGCUGAUGAAGGCAUGGUGGAGGCAACUGAAAGUUCCUUUGAUCACCACCAUCAUAGUAACCCUUCUUUGAGUAUUUGCAUUCCAAAUAGUACAAAUACCUUGGCCAUAACCAGAUCACAGCCUAACAUAUGCACAACCACAUCCCCAACUGAGGACUUCAGAUCUUCAAGUACAGAGGUUACUCUGGGUACUAGGUUAAAUGACAGCAAAACCAGUCCAGUAAGUGAAAGUAUCCCAGCACCUGGAAUUGUUAAACAGCACAAGGAAAUAUUAGAGAGUAAGACUCAGGAGGGAUCCUCCACGCAGGUACAAAAAGUACAUGAGAAGCUGUCUCCACCAACUUAUACUCGCUCACAUAGCUACUGUGAUUUGGAAUCUGAAAAAUCUGAAGUAAAUUUAGCAGGUCCUGUUAGUCAUAAUUUUUCUGAAAAGAGGGCAAAAUUUGAAGGAUUAGUAGAAUACGAAUCAGAAAAAGGGAAAGUAAGACAAAUAACACAAGCUAUUGAAAAACAAAAGGAAGAUGAAAAGAUGAAACAGUGUAAAAUAGAAGGUAUAAGAAAGAGAUCUCAUAGUUUAGAGCGCCUCAGCACCUCACCCACCUCACCUGGCAGCUCUCAAAUAGGACUGCUGGAGCAGCUCAUGGUUCAAACACAGGCAGAUACUCAGCAGGCAGAGACAGAAGAAAGUCCAACCGAAGAAAUCUGUGUUAAAAACCUAGUUGGGAAAUUUGAAGACUGUCAAGAGCAGAAACCUCCCAAAGUUCAAACCAGAAGUGUAAGAGCAAAGUCAGACAGUAGCACACCAGACAAAUUUUUACCACCUGUACCUCAACGUAAAUCCAGCUUAGAUUACAAUUUUAAACCAGUACACAGAUCACAGUCACAACCACCUCAAACCCCAGUGAGACAGAUGACUCCAGGAGGCAGUUUAUCACCCAUGGAGAAGGUACCUUCUCACAAACCCCCACCAGGUGGACGAGGCCAAGCUUGUGGAACAGAAGUGCGACAAAAGAAGCAACAGGGCAAGACUCAUCCAUUGACAAAACUCACACGGACAAAGGAAAAUUAUCACACAAUGUAAAACUUAAACUUGACUACUUAUACAAGGAUGCUACUAUAAAUGCUUCCAUAAUUGAAAACUACUUUGUGAUAUGUAGACUAAGGAUAGUGUAGCCACUUUCAGGUGAGGUACAGAUGUCCUGAUACAUAAACUGCAACAUGUGUAGGUGUAGGAAUGAAUCUCAUCUACAUGGAAAUUCUCUGUAAGUGGCUGUCAGUUUCCAGAUCAAUAACUUCUGUGCCUCUGUAGAAAGUUCCUGCUAGUUCAUGAGAGGUGACCAGCAUAGCAUUUAGCCUCACCAAUCCUGCAAAAUCUCCUACUACCCAGUUGUGGCUCAUGAGCUGCAGAAAAGUUAUAAGAUUCUUUCUGGCAUCUUAUGCACACAUUGCUAGUCGUGGAAAGUAGGAGCAUGAAUAUAUCAGGACACCUGUAGCAUGCGCUGUACGGAUAUUACUUAGGCAAGGAUUCUGAAGUUUCACCUGUGUUUAGGAUGGUGUGACCAUCACAUGGUGGCCAGUAAGAUGUUAUAAGUACCACUGUGAAAUUACAUGAAUAAUUUUUCAUAUACAUACUAGCUGAUCUUGGGAUGGUUUGAAAAGUAUGAUAUGUAAUUCAUGCCAUCUAUGUUACCAAGGCAUCCUUCUAUAACAGGAAUUUACAGUAAUGAUGUGAUAGUUCAGAAUUCAUGCAGUAGUCAUUUCAUUCUGUGUUUAUCUUCCAUAAUGUGGAAGUCCACUACUUAUGUGCCGCUUCUCAGUAGUGCACAACAUAUGAUUUCCACUGAGGUGUGCUAGUCCCUGCUGCUAUUACCUUAUUUCUAGUCCUACCUGAGCACCUGUAAUUCCCUUCCACAUAAUGUUGAUAUUGAUAGGAUUAUUUUUCUUACAUAAAAUCAUUAUUUAUGGCAUCUAUAUUGAGAAUGUAUUCCAAAUUGUUGUCAUGACCUCAAAUCAUAUUUAUGAAAUUGCCAAUGCUUUUUGGCCACUGGGUGUAGUGAAUCUUGUUGUUUAAUUAUUCGUCAUAUAUCUGUGCUGGUAUUUUCAUAGUUCCCUUCAGUAUCUAGUGUCAUAGAUAUGUGAAUGUGGUGUUCCAGCUCAUACAAGAUUUAUGUGAUAUUACCAUCUGGCAUAUUUUAUCUCCAUUUAAGACUUAAUGCAUCCCUCAGAAAUUAAAGUCAAAGGCAAAUUGGAUAGCAUGCAAUGAUUAAUCACAUGAUGUACUUCUAGAUCUGUAGAUGACGUCAGUAGACAUUCCUCCUUUUGCUCAAUUAUGAUGACUAGUUGUUUUCUUGUCAUCCCUUUAUAUUAUGUUUGUAUGUUUGCCUUGCAGUAUCAAAUACUGAUGAGGAAAUAUUAUGCACUACCUUGAUUUGCAUAAUUUUUUUCAAAGAUAAUGUUAUGUAUCUUUGUAACAAUACUGCUUAAUUAUGUACUACUAAUUAAACUUCUUAGGAGACACAACCCAGGCCAAACAUUAUUUGCGUUGACCCUGUGACAGUCAGAAUGCCAGUGUCCCAAUGUUUUAUCAUUCUUAAGAGGUUAUAAGCAAAGAUGUCAUUAUAGUGCAACAUGUGGAAGCUGAUCAUUUGCAUUAGACAUUAGCUAAAGCCAGGAGCACUUUCCAUGGCCUUGCCUCCUAAUUAAAAUUUCAAGAUUCAUGAAAGUUUACUGGAAGGAAUUAUAUUUGUUAUUCAUGAGCACCUUUAACUUGCAGCAUUUUGAUGACAAUGUACAUAUUUUCUCUGUAACUUCCUCCUUGUCAUAAUGAUAUUGGUGAUUUACAGUGUAAUUUAUGUAUAACAGUGGUGUGCUAUAUUUUGUAUAUAAUUUGUACAAGAAUCUAAUUUAUGAUAAUAAAAUAAAUAAACUACAAA